UUUGGCGCCGGCUCGUCAACAUGGCUGCGCCCUAGACCUGCGGCCCCGGAGCCGCCGCGCCUUCGGUUUCCAGACGCUCCGUGGCUUCUGUGCUCGCUUGCCUUCGCCCCCGGGCACACCAGCAGACAUGUUCGCCAGGGCCUUUCGGGUCAAGUCCAACACGGCCAUCAAGGGGUCGGACAGGCGAAAGCUUCGGGCUGAUGUGACAGCUGCUUUCCCCAUGCUUGGAGCAGACCAGGUCUCUGAGUUGAUUCCUGGGAAGGAGGAGCUCAACAUUGUGAAGUUGUAUGCCCACAAAGGGGACACAGUGACUGUGUACAUGAGUGGUGGUAACCCUAUCCUAUUUGAACUGGAGAAAAGUCUGUGUCCCACAGUGUACACACUGUGGUCCUAUCCUGACCUUCUACCCACCUUUACAACAUGGCCUCUGGUGCACGAGAAACUGGUAGGGGGAGCAGACUUGAUGCUGCCAGGACUAGUGGUGCCCCCUGCUGGUCUGCCUCAGGUACAGAAAGGUGACCUCUGUGCCAUUGCCUUGGUGGGGAACAGAGCCCCCAUAGCCAUUGGAGUGGCCGCCAUGUCCACGGAUGAGAUGUUGGCUUCAGGCCUGAGGGGAAGGGGCUUCUCUGUGCUUCACACGUACCAGGACUACUUGUGGCAAUCUGGAGACAAGUCCUCCCCGCCUGCCAUUGCUCCACUGGCCGUGGAUCCUACAGAUCUCAGUGAAGAAAAGGUGGACCUCACCCUCCAGGGAGACCUGAGGAACCUGGCCCUAGAGGGAGAAGAGGAGAAUGGGAGGGCUCAUCGGGCCUGCGGGGAGCAAUCCCUCCCGGAAGCUUCUGAAGAUACCACCUCUAGGACCCUAAACCAGGAGUCCUCGGACAGCAAGCCCCUUCAGGAACAAAUGGAUGAACUGUUACAGCAGUGCUUUUUGCAUGCUUUGAAGAGCCGCGUCAAGAAGGCCGACCUCCCUUUGCUCACCAGCACUCUCUUUGGCAGCCACAUGUUCUCCUGCUGCCCUGAAGGAAAACAACUGGAUAUAAAGAAGUCAAGCUACAAAAAGCUCUCCAAGUUCCUACAGCACAUGCAAAAGGAGCAGAUUAUCGAAGUUAAGGAGCUGAGCAAAGGGGUGGAGAGCAUUGUGGCUGUGGACUGGAGGCACCCAAAGAUCACAACUUUCAUCAUCCCUGAGUCCUCGCUGACCUCCAAGACUGUCCAGGAGGAUAGUAGAGAACAGCCCUAUCAUCCUCCAGACAUAAAACCCCUCUACUGUAUCCCAGCCAGCAUGACCCAGCUUUUCCAGGGCUCUGGUCACAAGAAAGGAAGCACCCUUGAGGGCAGUGAAGUCCGAAAGAUCAUCAUUGACUACGCCAAGAGAAACAACCUGGUUGAUGCCAUCAACAAAAAUCUGGUGAAUUUGGAUCCCAUCUUAUGUGACUGCAUCUUAGAGAAACAUGAACAUCAUGUAGUCAUGAAGCUCCCAUGGGACAGUCUCCUGACCAGAUGUAUGGAGAGCCUGCAGCCUGCCUAUCAAGUGACCUUUCCUGGACAGGAGCCUAUUGUAAAAAAGGGAAAAAUCUGUCCCAUUGACAUCACCCUUGCACUGAGGACUUACAAUAAAAAGGUGACUGUGGUCCGGAAUUUGGAAGUCUAUGGUCUAGACCCAUGCUCAGUGGCUGCUAUCCUCCAGCAGCAAUGCCAGGCCAGUACCACCGUCACUCCUGAUCCUGGUACCAAGGACAGCAUGCAGGUACAGAUCCAGGGAAACCAGAUUCACCAUCUUGGCAAGCUAUUGCUUGCAUUCAUUAUCCUCGCAUGGUCCCCUGAGACCCUCUCCACAACUCCCAAGGAAACAGGGAAGAAAGAAGUUGAGAUGGAGGCCAGUGUCCUUCACACUGUGGAUUAAGAUCACACAACUGAGGCUCAGGGAGGUCAAGAAGUGUGUGCAUGUCUUGCUGUUAGUGAGUGGCCAAGCAUUGAUUGGAAUGAAGACCAUCUAAGCCUGAAGCCCAGAUUCUUCUCAAUUACACCACCCUAAGGAAGCCUGUUUUGCUGCAGGCAUCAGAGGCCCAUCACUCUACUGAACCUCUAUGCAGGGCUGGGGUGAUCAGCUGCCAAAUACAUACAUUUCUCCAAGCUGGCCUGAUCCCUGGGUCAGGAACCUCAGGACUCGGGGAGUCCUGCAUCACCUGCUUCACGGCAAGGACUUCUGAAGUGGGAGGAGCUGAGAGGACGCGGGGAUCUACUGGAUGCCGCUGAGCGGUCUGAAUUAGACUCUGACUGUUGAAAACCACUCAAGGGUACAGGGCUGCUGAGGUAGCUGUUUACUCGAAGUGCUGAACAAGCCAUGUGAGCCUCACAGACUGCUUUGUCUACUAUUGACUCUUUAAUCUGGGGACCCUCAGCAUGGAACCUCUCUUUUGCCUUAGCUUUUGGGGUUCCUUACUUCCAGUCCCUGCCGGCUGGGCACAUUUCUAGGGAGUACAGUGCCUGGCUGAGGCCCCACCUGCCUCCCUUCCGGAGCCUUCAGUUAUAAUGAUCAACUCUCGGGUUGCUACUCUGCCCAUCUCUGUGGUACGCGGGCUGAUGGUCAUUGGGAGUUCCGGGCUUGCUCAUACUCACCAGUGAAAAAGUGAGGCAAUGGAAAGCAACUCUAGAAGCCCCUGAAAAAAAAAAUCUCUCAGUUUCCAGCAGAGCUCCAACCACUCUCCUGUUGAAAAGGCAGGUGCAUUGUGGUUGUCAAAGACCCGUCUGGACCCCAGUGAGUCACAGCCUCCUUGGCCUCAGUUUUCUUCUUCCUGUUCUGCUUUUCUUGAUCAUCUAAACCCUUGUAGGCUCUCCCUUUCCCACCACAAGCCUGGGAAAUGAUGCAAUUGGCAGAGGCAAAAGAUAGCAGCCCUGGCCUCACUGCUGAGGCCUUAAACCUCUGGGUGGGCGGGUGAGCUCCAUCCUGCGAGUGCCAAGAGCCUUUGUAUGGCCAACACCAAGAAUCUCACACCCAUGGAAUGUCAACGCCCAGUCUAAGGUGGCUGCUGCCCACACUAAACCUGCCAGACAAGAUUUGACCUACAGACAGAAUGAAUCACACCUCCCCAAAGCAGACCAACCAGAGAGCCCCUGCCAAGGGCUCAACAUCCACCACCAGCCUGGAAGCCUGCCUGCACAGCGGAGUCAUCUGGGGAUCUCUAGGGGCUGCCUGGGCUGCUUCCCGAGAGUCCAGAGUUAACUGGUCUGGGAUAUAGCCCAGGCACAAGGAUUGAAAACUCUCCUAGCUGAUUCCGGCAUGUGCAGUGUUUGAGAACUACCGGAGGCCCUCCAACAAUGCCAUCCAGCUGCAGAGUUAGCACUUUGGCACCAGCAGAUAGGAGCUGCUCCCAAGGUCUCCUAAGAGGCAGUACCACUGUGUGAGUGAGAUUAAUAAUACAGAAACUUUUCAAGGGCAAUGCAAAGGCUCCUGUUCACCUUCUAGAUUCUCAGCUUCUCAAAGCGAAAGAUUUGUCUCUGAUGAUGGGUACAACUAUGCCAAGUAGAUAACAUUCGUCUCUGGGGGCAAUCCAAGAUGGAGGCAAGUGGAGAAUUCUGUUAUGACUCAAGGAAUCUAGGCAUUGGCCUGUCUAGCAUUUCUCCCAAGAACCUCCAUAUCACGGUGUAUCUGGGAUGGCAUUCAUGAGCUCUGAUUAAGUCCCUGGCACUGUUGGUAGAUGGCUGAGCUAUCCUCAGUGCACCUGGCUUAUUCAGGACACUGGUAAAAAAUAAGUUUGUCUCGCCUGUCUUAGCUAUGGGAAGGACAAUGACUUGUCUUGGCUGUCAGGGUUAUUGGGGGACAGCAAGUAAAGAUAGGGUGCU